GGGGUCUUUUUAGAAUGCGAUAGACUUGGUCUUUGGUCAGUUUAGUCUACCAAGCCGCGUCUGCUCUCCCCCGUGUCCUCCUCUUCCUCAUGCAUGACGCUAGGUUGAAUCCCCCCACCUUUAGGAACAAAAUACCAAAAAAGAAAGUUCCAUUAACCCUUCAAACACCACCGCCUCCUCCCUCUCAUCCCUCCUCUCUCCACCACCACCUCAUUUUUCUCCAAGCUACAAUGCAAUUUUCCACCACCACCAUAUACAACCAACCUUCAUUUCAAUGUCUCCUUCAAGAACUUCUCCAUGUCUCUUCCUCUUGUUAGUCUUCCUCUCCUUCUCAAUCCCCUCCACCUUCUCCUCCCCUCUCUCCACCAUAUCCAUCUCCCAUUUCUCCAACGUCACCUUAGUCUGCGCCCUUGUCCAAUCCUCCCCCACCAAUUUCUUUGAUCUGAACUGCACCGCCCUCCCUUAUCGAACCCAACGCUCUUACCCCUCCGGCGCCGUGCCCUAUGCCGCCGUCGCCGCAGGCGAUGACUUCCUGUGCGCCCUCACGUCGCCCCCCGACAAUUCGAAUGCCACGAUGAGGUGGUGGCACUUCGCCAUCCAUGGCUCCGACCCCGGGAAGCGGAUCUACCGGGGCCCAUCUCUCGUGGCCCUCGCCGCAGGCGACUCCCGCGUCUGCGGGCUCAUCGGCGAUGCGCGCAAGCCCACUUGCUGGCGGUGGCCCGAAGUCUCCUUCCCGGCUGGCCUAAGCUUCACCGAUAUCGCCGUCGGCAGGGAUUUCGUCUGCGGGUUAUCCAACUAUGGAUCGAUCAAGUGCUUCGGAAACGACUCCGAUAUCGUCGGACGCGAGCAUCCCGGGAACUUCAGCUCGGUUGCCGCUGGUUCCCGACAUGCAUGCGGCAUCACCACCGACGGCAAAUUAUCUUGCUGGGGCGCCGGAGCCCCGAAGGUACCUGAUUUCCCCACCGGCAUCGUUUCCAUGGCAUUGGGAGCUAACCGGACAUGCGUGCUCCGUGCCAAUGGGACUGUGCUCUGCUGGGGGGACAACCCUCAGCUGCCCUGCGACAUCGCCGCCGAGGAAUUCAUCACUAUCGAAGCGAAGGGCGACGCGGUCUGCGGCAUCCUGACGGCGAACUUCUCUGUGGUCUGUUGGGGGAGCGAAAUUUUCCGACAAAACCACGUCGUCUACGACCGCGCCAAGCCGGGGACCUGCGUGCCGACCUCGCGCUGUAACUGCAGCUUCUUCCCCGGCUCCGGCAGCUUCUGUUCCGACAACCAAGUCAUCUGCCAGCCUUGCAACCUCCGGCUCAAGUCAAGCAGCCCACCCCCAUUUCCGCCGCCGACCAAUUCAACCCAAAGCAGCGGCGGCACCAGCAGCAGCAAGAAGGGAAGACUGGUCUUCAUAGUGCUGGGAUCGGUUGGACUCGGUCUGGGAAUUUCAGCCGCGAUCGGCUUCGUAGUCUUCAAACAUUGUACCAAGAGAAGCAACGGCCGGGUCCACGACACGUUGGGGAUGGGUUCGAUGAGGCCAACUCCCCGAGUCGGGCCGAUUCUAGACGGCCGACUCGGUCCAUUUGUUGAAGAGUUCUCCAUGGAAGCCCUCCUUAGGGCCACGGACGACUUCGCCGAGUCGCACAAGAUCGGGUCCGGCAGCUUCGGGCUGGUCUACCGCGCGACCCUCGCCGACGGCCGGGUCGUCGCCAUCAAGCGCGCGCACCUCGCGAGCUCCUCCUCCCGAACCAUCCACAAACGCCGAGUCCAGGAACGAGCUUUCCUCUCCGAGCUCGCCGUCUUGUCCCGAGUCAAUCACAAGAAUCUGGUCCGGCUGUUCGGCUACUGCCAGGAGCACGGCGAGAAGGUGCUGGUGUAUGAGCUCAUGGCCAAUGGCACGCUGCACGACCACCUCCACAAGCUCAAGAACUCGCCGCUGAAUUCGUGGAAGGCGAGGCUGAAGGUGGCCCUCGACGCGGCGCGGGGGAUCGAGUACCUGCACAGGUACGCCGUGCCGGCGAUCAUUCACCGAGACAUCAAGUCGUCAAACAUUUUGCUCGAUGUGGAGUGGACGGCGAAGGUGGCGGACUUCGGGCUGUCGUUGACGAGCCCCGGCGACGAAAUCAGCGCGGCGGGGACCGUCGGGUACAUGGACCCGGAGUACUACAGGCUGCAGCGGCUGACGGCGAAGAGCGACGUGUAUAGUUUUGGGGUGGUGCUUUUGGAGCUGGUGACGGGGUGCAAGGCGAUCCAUCGGAGUGGGGAGGGGAGCGACUCGCCGAGGAAUGUCGUGGAGAUGGCAGUGCCGUGGAUCGAGGCCGAUGAAGUGGACCGGGUGCUGGACCGGAGGAUCGCACCGCCGACUCCCGCGGAGGUGGAGGCGGUGGCGUACGUGGGGUACGUGGCGGCGGAGUGCGUGAGGCCGGAGGGGAGGGAGAGGCCGGAGAUGAGCGAGGUGGUGGCGGCGUUGGAGCGGGCGGUGGCGGCGUGUUGGGUGGCGGGGUUGGACCGGUCCGAGACGCAGCGGUCUCGGUAGAACUGGUGGGUUUUGGACCGUGUUCGCAAGCGGAGGUGGGAGAGUUACGUGUGAUGGCCGCAUCUCAGUAAUUGCGACAUGUCGCUCGCAACCUUUUUGAUUUUUUGUUCCUUUUUUUUUUUUUUUUUUUUGCUUGGCUCGUAAACAAAUCAAUUAACAAUUGGUGUUUGAUUUUUUCCCCGUGUAAUUCAUUCAAUUAACAAAGUCGAUAUUUUUUCCCCCAA